CAACUAGCUGUGUUGUAGAGUUAUAUAAACCGCUAUCUCUUCGCCCUCGGAGACUUCCAAUUGCAACAGUCCAUUAGGAUAUCUUAAUUCUUUCAACAUGUCCGAAGAGUGGAAACCCAGCGACCAAUACGAAGCGAAGAGCAAGGAGGCCUUUGAGAAGGCUCUUGUGGAGUCACCGAACUCCGUUGUUAAGGAACGGCCCGACCAGAGUACAAAUCGGUUUAUUCUGCAGACCGAUGGCUUCCAUGAUUUGCAAAGGUAUGUCAUGUCGGGCAUGCAGUUCCCCGAGACCAAGGAUGAUUUCGAGAGAAAUCUGCCCGAAUCGUACUUCAAGAGUUUGAAUGAUAUCGAUUCUGGUAUCUUUACGUUUACGCGAGAUUCGAUCGUCUCUAUUUCCGCCAACUGCAAUGAUUUCAAUAAUAACGGGCUCGGAAAACUUGUGACCUCGGCCAAUGGUGUAAUUGCGUACGCCACCGAAGCCAUGGGUAUGUUGAAACUCGAACCAGAGACAAAUUUCAAGGCGCAGGUAGCAGUGCUCCUGGAUCCCAAGUACAAGGAUGGACCAAAAGACCAAGCCUUUGAUGAGGCGCGGGAAGGCGCAAAAAUGGCCCUUGAGCAACUGCGAGACACAGCCAGAGAUAAGAAGGAGGAUGCAGAGGCAAUGGUAACAUUGUUGACCGCGUUCCAUAACAAAACGGUUCUUGAUGAAAAUAAUGCCAAGUUGCUCAAACAGGAAUAUUUCGACGGUCCUGUUAUCAAUGUUAAAACGAAACAGGAAAUAAAGAACCAGAAACCGUAUUCUGAAUUUCUGAAUGCCGAAAUGACGCGAUUACUCAAGUCGAUCAACGAAUCAGUCACCAAGAGAGAUGAUGCUUAUUCCAAAUGGGAUACAGCCAAGGACGGUGCAAUCAUCUCAAUUCCCUUAGGGAUCCUCGGUUGGAUCGCCGGCGGAAUCCUAACAGACAUUGCCAUGAAGGCCAAAGCACAGUAUGAUAAAUUAGUAAUUCAGAUUGCAGCAGACCGUGCCGAGGAGGCUGUUACAGUGAAGCUCAUGGAGUACAUCAACACCAUUAUCUUUCAGAUGAAAGACCUUCUUCCUAUGAUGACCAGGGCUCUUGCUGCCAUGAAAGAGCUACAAGCGUUGUUCAACUCCCAAGAGCUGAAUUUCCAGUAUAUCAUCCAAGAUCUGGAUGGUAUCGAGAAGGGCGUCGAAGCCAGCGCACUGAAGUGGAGAAAGUCGUGGAUUGAGAGGAACAUUGACAAGGCUGUUGCGAAGUACCAAGAGAUAAAAGAGACCGCGGAAGAAUUCCAGAGAAGUGCAGUUGCCAAGAAGGGUUAACUCUCCUGUCUGAUAGUUUACAUGAGUAUGGUUAUAUGUUAUAUGUAGCAGUACACCAUGGAGACUAUUUCCUUUCCUUUG